AUGUCUUUUUUCAACAACAUUAAAAAAGUGCUCCACUUCGGCGGCAACGAUGCAAAAAAGAAAAAAGUGUUCAGCAACGUUCGCAUGGAAUGCGAUCCCGAGGAGUUCUGGGACCUGAUAGGCGAAUUGGGCGACGGGGCCUACGGAAAAGUGUACAAGGCCCAGCACAAGAACACCGGCCAGUUGGCUGCGGCCAAAAUGUGCAGGCUAGACGGCGAAGAUGACCUCUCCGAUUUCAUGAUCGAGAUCGAUAUACUAUCGGAGAUCAAGCACUCCAAUAUAGUGCAAUUGCACGAGGCCUUCCAAAAGGAGCAACAACUGUGGUUGUUGAUAGAGUACUGUGAUGGUGGAGCCGUGGACAGUAUAAUGACUGAAUUAGAAAAACCUCUUAACGAAUAUCAAAUUGCUUAUGUGUGCCAAAAUAUGUGUAAAGGACUGCAUUUUCUUCAUAAGUCGCACGUUAUCCAUAGAGAUCUUAAGGCUGGUAAUGUUUUGCUCACGAUGGCUGGCGGUGUUAAACUAGCCGAUUUCGGCGUUUCCGCGAAGAACAAAAGCACCCUCCAGAAGCACGACACGUUCAUCGGCACGCCGUACUGGAUGGCGCCCGAAGUGGUGUUGUGCGAGACCUUCCGCGACAAUCCCUACGAUUACAAAGUCGACAUCUGGUCGAUGGGCGUCACGCUGAUCGAAUUCGCCCAAAUGGAGCCGCCCAAUCACGAAAUGUCCCCCAUGAGGGUGCUGCUCAAAAUCCAAAAGUCCGAUCCGCCCAAAUUGGAGCAGCCCUCCAAAUGGUCCAAGGAGUUCAACGAUUUUCUGACCAUAGCGCUCAUUAAGGAUCCUCAAAAAAGGCCCAACUGUGAUGAGCUGUUGAAACAUCCAUUUAUUAACUGUACAUUAGAUUCGAAACCCAUCCGAGAUCUUUUGCUUGAAUACAAAGCAGAAGUCGUGGAAGAGGAACUUACGGAUGAUGAUCCAGAGCGCGGUAAGAAGCAUCGUAAACACAAAGAACUGUAUCAGAGGAUCGGCGGCUCUCCGGGUCCCCCUUUACCUGAUUCUAACGCUGAGGACCACCGAGCAUCACAAGUUCCACUGGACAUCGAAGAUGAUUCGACAUCUUUAAAAAGCAACGAUGUUGAUAGUAAAGUGCCGGAACCUGUUCCUGUACCCACGUUACCUGCGCCUGUUGAAGCAUCUGAUAUAAAGAAGGAUAAAGACAAAACUCUUAAUGCAGAAGAGGAGCGAACGCAACCGGUGCCAGCGGCUCCUGUCGUAUUACCACCGCAAAAUGAUAAAAAACAAGUGGACAAAAAAGAAGAAGGUCCAAGGAAAAUAUCCCGCGACAAAGGCAAAGCUCCACCGCCGCCGCAUACGCUGCAAACCCAACGCUCGACCGGUUCGACUUCCUCCGACAAGGCCACAACGCCCACGGAGAAAUCCCCGCCGGCGCCUCUGCCGCCCUUCGUCCUACCGACGCUUCCGACGCCGCCCUCCUCGCCCAUCACGCCGCCCGAUACGCCGCCCGACGCCAGUCCGCCGCGCGUCCAAGUUCCCCAACCCGUCCAAAAGAUCGACGACGAUCGAAUUCGAGACGUCGCGCUCGCCGAACCGUCGACGCCGUCGACUUCUACCAAGCGAAAGGAGGACGAGAUGGACGCUUGCGUUAGCGUGUCGGACAUCAAACGGGCGCUGGAGAACCAAUUCGCCAAGAAACUGGCGCAGGAGAAGCCGUCCGCUUCGGUUAAAGCCGGCGACUUUAUAACCGUGACGAGUUCCACGGCGACCACUCCCGAUGAUAGUUUGAAUCUCGUCGUCGUGUCCGCCGCGCCAUCGGAGAGGACCAAAAACACGUCGACCAUUACUAUUAAUUCCAAUUUGCCGGAUACGUCGAAUAGUUUGGCUUCCAAUAUAAGUCAGGUGACCGUAGUGACAACGCACCCUCCGGUCAUAAUCGACAAUUCCCUUCCGCCUCGAGCGUCCUCGUCGUCGCCGAGCAACAGCGGCAGCGUGGUGAUCGUGGCGAACGAGACCAACAAGACGCGCAUCGAAGAUUCCGACGACGAAUUCUGCCCGUCGCUGGACUCCCUCGAAUAUCCGCCUCCGUCGGAGUUCCGCGACAAGCCUUCGAAGGCGAAGAAACUCGACGAGAGCGAAGUGAUGAUAACGGAAUCGAGUUACGUGAUCGACGAUUCGGGCUUGGACAAUUCCGAGGAGAACUCGCGAUUGUUGGACACCAGCCACGUGUCGGUGGUGAGGAUCGACGAGGAAAAGGUCCAAGUCAAGGAUUCCACGUCGUAUUUGAGCGACAAAUCGACGGAUUACCGGGGCUCCACCAGCGAUCUGUCGAACACGUCGUCCGGCAAGACGGGCAGCACGAAGAGCGACUACGGCGACGAGUUCCGCGGCACCCACAUCGUCUUGGACGGUUCCAACGUGGAAACGCACGAGAUGAAGCCGAAGAUGAACGGGCAGGUGGCGCACGCCCACAGCCGCGAGGACAUUUACAAGAAGCCUUUGAACGGCAAGCCCUACGCCGAAAGCUUCGAGUCCGCUAUGUCAGACAGAUCCCACAGCGACUGCGGCUCCGUGAGGAGCAACGAUUCGCAUAGAAGACCUAUAUCCGGAGCUAGUAAGAGCAUCGAGCAAUCCGACAUCGAGAGUAUUUCCCUAGCUAGUCAAGAGAGUAGAGGAAGCGUCGAAAAAGACGAUAAGAGAUCGACGAACGAUGCAGACGAAAACGGAGACAAUACGGUGGUACUACGUAAACAUCCGAAAUCCAAAAUCGAACUGCUGGCGAACGCGAGUCGCAAGACCAGAAAACGCACCAGGAAGUUCGUAAUCGACGGCGUUUUGAUAACCACCACUACCAGCAAAGUGAUUUGCGGCGACGAGGAUAACUACAACCUGAGCGACGCGCAUACGGACAGAAAGCAGGAGUUGCGAGAGCUCAAGUACCUGCAGAAGCAGGAGCAGAAGCAAUUCCAAGAUUUGGCCACCAAGGAGCAAGUGGCCAUCGAACAGCAGGACAGGAAGUUCGAGCAGGAACGCCAGAACUUGGAGAGAACGUACGAGAACGAUCUGGAGAUGUUGAGCAGACAACAGAGGCUCCAAAUCGACCGGGCCGAGGCCCAUCAGGACGCCGAUUUGCGCGCCACGUCCAAGAAGAUCCGCGCCGAACAGGAGCGGGACCUGAAGCAAUUCCGCGAGAGCCUCAAGUCCGAGAUGCGGCUGCUCAAAUACGAGGUGGACAUGUUGCCGAAGGAGAGGCGCAAGCACGAGUUCAAAAUUAGAAAAGACAAAAUGGACGCCGAGCAUUUGGAGCGCGAAAAAUCGUUCUUGGAGAAGCUGAACGAGAAUCACGAGACGUCGUUGAGGCGAUUGAGCGAUUCGCACAGGGAGAAAAUCGCUCUGAUGGAACGGCAAUUCCUACAGCAGAAACACCAAUUGACCCGAACCAGAGAGGCGGCCCUGUGGGAGUUGGAGGAAAAACACAUUCACGAGAAACAUCAGCUGAUUAAAAGACAAAUCAAGGAGAUAUUCAUUUUGCAGAGGCAUCAAAUGUUAACGAGACACGAAAAGGAAAAGGAACAAAUCAAACGGAGGGCCGCGAGAAAAGAGGAAGAAUUACUAAAGAAGCAACAAAUCGAAAAGAGAUCGUUGCCGAAACGAAUCAGAGCGGAAAUGAAAGCCAGAGAAUUAAUGUUCAGGGAAUCCAUGAGGAUAUCCAUAACGGGCGCCGGUGAUCCCGAAUUGGAAAAGAACAAAUUUAAAGAGUUUCAAGAAAAAGAGAAAAAGCGUUACCAAGCCGAGCAGCAGCGCUUCGAUUUGAAGCACCAGCGUCAGCUGGAGGAGCUCCGCGCCAUGAGCGACGCCACCAUCAAGGAAUUGGAGCAACUGCAAAACGAAAAGAGAAAGAUGCUCUUGGAGCACGAGCAACUCAAGAUAAAGCAGAGAGAGGAGGCUUUCAGCAUCGAAUUGAAGGAAUGGAAGGGCAAACUGAAGCCGAGGAAACAGAAAAUCGAGGAGCAGCUAUUUAAUGAGAUUCGAUCGGCUAAAUUUUUGAGUCACCUUCCUAAAAUAUCGUUCCCAGAGCCGGGCUCUUCUUCGACCGAUGGCAACGUCGCCGCUCUCGAGCCGGGCGACGUUGCCGGUACCGCCUCGUCGGUGCCGUCGAGCCCGUACGUGGCCGAGAACCGUCGUCCUAGUUGGGGCCAUCAGAGGACUUGGAGCACCGGGAUUAUCACCGAGAAAAAUUUCACUCCUCCCGGCUUCGGCUCGUCCAAGGACGAUUCCAACGCUUAG